CGCAUCCCACGGCAGAGGCGGCCGCCAGCUCGAGCCGCGUCGCAGCUCCGUGCCGCAGAGAGGCCGGCAGGCGGCACCGCGAGGGACCUGGCCCGGCGCCGCUCGCAUCCCUGGCGCGCAGCUGGGAAAGAAGAACAUAUUCUGGGAAAACUGAAGAGAUAUGAAGAGGGGCCAUGAGAUACUGAAAACCACGCAAGACAGAUCUGGGAAGUCGGGAAACCAUAAAAUCACUGAGACAACAUCCAGGCAGGAAGGAGAAAGGAAAGUAAGAUUUUCAGCUUCACCCUUCACCUGUCUUAGAAAUAACAACAUAUCAUAAUCAGAGAUUUCACCUGGGCCACAGGCCACGGGCCACCAUGGAUGUGAACCUUGAUGCCCUUGGGGGUCAAAAGAAAACAAGCGACAGCAGCAAGGGAAGCGACAGCCCAGGAGCCCAGCAAGAUGCUGUGACGAGGACAGAUUCGUCGGAGAUGACUGAUGUGGAGUCUGUGAUCAGCAACUUUGCAGCUUCAGCAAGGGCAGGCCGCCGCAAUGCCUUACCUGACAUCCAGAGUCCAGCAGCCACAGGUGGAUCCUCUGAUCUUCCACUGAAGUUGGAGGCAUUGUCCAUGAAGGAAGAUGUUAAAAAGAAGAAUGAAGAGAAAGCACAAGACCAACUGAAAAAGCCCCUAAAUGAAGAAAAAUGAACACUUAGAAUUUAUCCAGGAUGUUGAUUUUGUUCACAUAGGGAGACGUAGUGGGUAUGCAUUCCUGAAGUGUUUGAUCUGGUAGUAGCCGUGAUAAUGUGUGUGUUUUAGGUCAUUUUGUUGUGAUACUCUGUCUUUAAACCACAACUAUGAUACACAAAUAGGUUAUAAAAAGGUAUUACUUUCAAAUUGCACCCCAAGGAAGAACACACUGUUUAUAUAACCAACAAAAUCCACUGUCUAUCUUGGGAUUUACUUAGUCAGAUAUGUGUUUAAUUAUGUUCUUACUGAGAUAGAAAAUUUUCUUGAUAUGCAUAAACAGAAAUCUAGUAAUUUAAUAUUUUGUAGAAUUUGUAGGAAAUUAUAUUUUUUGGUGAGAUGGAAUUAAUAGUAAAUAUCACACGUACAAAAUGUUUUUUUUUUUUUGGUCAAAAUUAUACCAUGUUUUCCCCAAAAAGUUGAGUGUUCUGGAAAUAGUGUAAGAGUUGUGACAACAUAAACAUUUCUAGGAUGCUUUCAUAUGAUGUAUUUUGCAUCUAGUCUGUGUAUACUGUGAUUUUUCAUAUGGACCCACAGAAUGUAAAAUUUGUGGCAAAUUGCUUAUAUAAAACAUGUGUAAUAAAUAAAUUGCACUAUAUUCCUUAA